CAAACUUGAACGUUCCAUACACCCCCGCGCGCGAGCGGUCCACCGUUUGUACAACAGCCGUAAUCAACAACUCAAAAUACCUUCACACUUACGGCUCCUCAUAUUCACGUCGCCAUACUCAUAGGGUGCGAGUGCCCAGAUGUCCGAUCUCCAGCCUAGCCGUUUUCCCCCUUCUCCUGACGUCUCACACGCACAAACCACGCAAUGGAGUGCCGAUGAACAGAGCGAUGAGGAAUCCAGCCCCAAGGAAUGGGGCGACGAGGACUUCGGCGUCGGAAAACAGAGAUUCAUACUCUGGUGGCAGUGGCGGGACGCCCGUUUUGAGGGCACCCUGCCCCUAGCCCUCUCCGCUCGCAUCCCGCUCGAGAUCUUCGAGUUCGUCAUUGACGCGAUCGAGGAUCAGUCCACACUGCCCGUUGUGGCGCUGGUCUGCGCAAUGUGGUAUCCGCGUGCGAUGCACAACCUCUACUACGCCGUUGAGAUUCGCAGCCGCACCAGCUUCAACAGGCUGUACAAGCAGUGCUACGCGUCACCACGCGUCAAGCAGUGGCUCGCGAACACAUGCCAGCUACGGGCUUACGGAAGUACUCGCUACAUGGGCUUCCUUCAAGCACUACCGUCUGCGCUCGCUGGCCUGAUGCCUCGCGUACGCCUCCUUGACAUCCGGUUCGGAAGGCUUUCUUUCAUCCACACGGGUUUUUUCUUCGCCUUGUCGGAUUUCAACUGCGGCGGAUUGUGUCUGCCUUCCCCGAGCUUACAGACCUCACGAUUAUAGAUGUUGAGAUCCGAUCUCCGCAAGAUGCUGCCAGUUACGCGGGAGCCUCACUAUUCCAGUCGCCAUCUCACAUUCGUCUUCGAU